UUAUCAUUGCUACAUAAUAUAAUAGUACAUAUAUCUUUUAUUUAACAGCACAAAAGUAGGAGUUACAUUUACUGAUUCAUUCAUAUUCUCAAUAAGGACGAAAGGGCUAGAGACGACACAGUCAUCGUCACACUAUAGUUUAGCCAGGUCAACAAUUUCUUGAAUAAAUGUUGAUCCACAAUAAUCCACAUUGACAUGACAGUAAUAAUCGAUGACUUAUUAUUAGUCAAAGUGUGAAGUGAACUCAACAAAUUGGAAUCUACGUUCUCCAGCUAAUCAAUAAUUCGGUAAAUUGAGUGAUACAGGAAAGGCAGUAGAUUGUACCAAUUGUGGGACAAGACAACCCAUUUAUCUGAUCUUUGAUUCUACGAAAUAACAUUCCACACCAGAAACUAUAUUGACGUAAAUAGUGUAAGGGGGAGGAAUUUAGAAAUACAAUGGAGGCGACAAAACGAUUAAAUGUUAAGAAGCAAACUCUAGAUGACGCAUACGCUGCUCCAGCAAAUUUUUUGGAAAUUGACGUAAUUAAUCCUAUAACCCAUGGAAUUGGGAACAAACGAUAUACGGACUAUGAAGUUAGACUAAGAACCAACCUGCCUGUAUUCCGGAUCAAGGAAUCCUCAGUAAGGCGACGAUAUUCCGACUUUGAAUGGCUCAGAGGAGAAUUGGAAAGGGGAGUAAUUGUUGUCCCUCCACUUCCGAGCAAAGCAUGGAAAAGACAAUUGCCGUUUCGCCAGGACGAGGGAAUCUUUGAUGAAGAUUUUAUUGAGGACAGACGCAAGGGGUUGGAAAUUUUUGUAAAUAAAAUUGCGGGACAUCCUUUGGCUCAGAAUGAAAAAUGUUUGCAUAUGUUUCUACAAGAUCCUGUUAUUGAUAAAAAUUAUGUUCCUGGUAAAAUGAGAAAUGUCCAAUAAUCAGCAAUUUUGACAAAUGAAUUAUUAUGAGUUGUACUUUAUAAUUUGAUUCAUGUUUAAAAUUCAUGGUCUGAACUUUAUGGAGUUGUUAAAUAACUCUGUGCAUGCUAUACAAUCACUGCACGUCUGUGGUAUAUCUUCUGAUUAGGUUUAUGUAUGAAUAUAUCUUAUUGUGAUUCUUGUAAAGGUUUUGUUGGAUCAUAUUAUUGUUCUUGCAUUCUAAUUUGUACCUACAUACUUUCGAAUGUAAUUUCGAAUGUAUAAUAAUAAUAUUAUUGUAAGUGAAUGUUAAUCGCAUACAUAGCCUGACUAUAAACUUUUCAAAAGAAAAUCAUAUAAGCUCGAUGUUUUCUAUUAUCUUUUUAAAUUAAACUUUGUCAAUGUCAUUUGAAAAUGAUAAAAAAUGCUAUAAAUUAUUAUAGCUAUAAUAUAUUAGAUUUCACAUGACCGGUUUAAUUCCUUUAAUAUAUCUAGCUAUGCAUUAAUUGACCAAGCAAGACAAGAAUAGUAGUGAAUAUUUAAUAACGUAAACAUAUAGAUACAUACACUUGUGCUUCAAUUAGAUAUAUACAGUACAAUAAAAUUGAUUAUGAUCUGA